AUGGACGUGGUAGAUGAAACAGAAGCGUUACAGAGAUUUUUUGAAGGUCAUGAUAUUACCAGUUCUCUGGAGCCAGCCAACAUCGACACCAGUAUCCUGGAAGAGUACAUCAGCAAGGAGGACGAUAGCACUGACAUCUGUUUCUCAGAGGUCCACAGCGCCCCGGGACCCAAUUACUCAUCUCCCCAGGCAGGAGUGUCCUCCGCUGGGGGGUUGGUGUGUGGUGUGAGCCCCCCUAUUCCACUGCGCCAAGGAGCCCCUCUACCUGGGCCCCCCAACUGUCAGAACGCCUACCCCCCAGGUCCAUCCCUGGGCCUCCGACACAACUACUCCUGCCUGGGUCAGCAGCAGCAACACCAGCAGCAGCAACAGCAGGCUCACGUCAAGCCUGAGCACAGGGGCCACUACGCUCCAGGGACACUACCUGAGUCCCCUCCAGACUCCAGCUCAGAGCCGUACUCUCCUCAGCAGGUGAAUGAUCCUCACAUGAUCAGGACCAUGACACCAGAGAACAUGUGUCACAUGACUCCAACGCCACCCCUCCCGCCACAUGGGCACUAUUCCAGCGUGCAUCGGGACAUGUACCUGAAACCUGAGCCCAUGAUAUCGCAGUAUCCUAUUGGUCCAGCCACAAGCGGAAGUGGAGACAUGCAGCAGACACAGAUGCUCCAUCAGCUGCUGCAGCAUCCUCAGGGGCAGGACGGCGUCCCUGUGCACCAGGCCAAGAAGAGGAAGCACUCCGACUCUCCCAACAGCACCCUCAAUUCCCAAAUCCUCACAGGUAUCAUCAAACAAGAACCAGGUUUAAUGCAGGAUGCAGACAACGCCUACCUGGACCCAAACUAUCAGUGCAUCAAGUGGCAACCUCACCAGCAGAGCAAGUGGACACCCCUAUAUGACGCAAACUGCAAGGAGCUACCGAUGCCGACCUACCGUGUUGAUGCUGACAAGGGCUUCAACUUCUCCUUGGCUGAUGAUGCUUUCGUUUGCCAGAAGAAGAACCAUUUCCAGGUCACAGUAUACAUAGGCAUGCUGGGAGAUCCCAAGUACAUUAAGACAAGUGAAGGCCUGCAGCCCAUCGACUGCUUUUAUCUCAAACUCAACGGAGUAAAGGUGGAGGCCAUGAACCAGUCUAUCAGUGUGGAGCAGUCACAGUCUGACCGCAGCAAGAGACCCUUUAAGCCAGUGCUAGUCACCCUGCCAUCAGAGCAGGUCACAAAGGUCACAGUGGGGCGGCUCCACUUCAGCGAGACCACAGCUAAUAACAUGAGAAAGAAGGGCAAACCAAACCCUGACCAGAGGUAUUUCAUGCUGGUGGUGGCGCUGCACGCUCAGUCCCACAGUCAGAGCUACACUGUGGCUGCUCAAGUGUCUGAGAGGAUCAUCGUCAGGGUAACGUCUGGCCAUGCAUCCAACCCAGGCCAGUUUGAAAGUGAUAACGAGGUGCUGUGGCAGCGUGGCCAGCUGCCAGACUCGGUGUACCACCACGGGAGAGUCGGCAUCAACACCGACCGGCCAGACGAGGCCCUUGUUAUCCAUGGCAACCUGAAGGUCAUGGGCUCCCUGGUACACCCGUCUGACAUCAGGGCCAAAGAAAAUGUCCAGGAGGUCGACACCACAGACAAUUUGAAACGGAUUUCUCAGAUGAGGCUGGUCCAUUAUCAAUACAAGCCUGAGUUUGCUGCCACCGUGGGCAUAGAGAACACUGCAGAGACCGGCGUGAUUGCUCAAGAGGUUCAGCAGAUUUUGCCUGAAGCAGUGAAGGAGGGCGGUGAUGUGGUGUGCGCCAAUGGAGAAACUAUCCCCAACCUGUUAGUCGUCAACAAGGAGCGUAUCUUCAUGGAGAACGUGGGAGCGGUGAAGGAGCUGUGUAAGCUGACAGACAACCUGGAGACUCGUAUCGACGAACUGGAGCGCUGGAGCCGCAAACUGGCCAAGCUGCGUCGUCUCGACAGCAUGAAGAGCACCGUGAGUGGAGGCACUGUCAGCCAAUCAGGGAGCUACUUUAGCAGAACAGGAAGCGGCCCACUCAAGAAGAAGACAGUUAAACCUGGGGGCAAGAAUUUGCUCCCAGAUCAAGGCUGCAUCAGCCAGAGGUUCAUGCAGGGAACCAUCCUGGCCCUCGUCAUUGUCAUGGCCUUCAGUGUCAUUUCCAUGUCCGUCCUUUAUGUGUUGACUCUUCACCAUAGAGGCGACAUCACAGAGAAAGAUGGCUCUGUUCCUUCCUGUGUUCUCUACAUCUCUUGGAUGCCCAUCUUCACUGCCACUGUAACUUUCUGUCCACCUGUCUGUCCAUGGUCCAGAGCUGCAUUGGGAUCCUCACGGAAGAGUCCGUAUACCCCACCGUCCACCACCCCUGCACCAGCUUGCUGUUCAACUACAGCCGUAAACAACCAAUCAGCUACAGUUUUGACAUUGAGCAACAACCAAUCCACACCAGAUUUAGGCAGCCUGGCUCCCACAACAAGCACUAUUAAUAAGAAGGCCAAGUCCAGACUAAUGGACAAAGACGGCCGCGGCAGAAACCGUCUGAGUCACACCUCAGCACCUUUAUACUUUGCCAAGUCCAAAAGGCCAUUACCUACAGACCCGGAUGGAGUGGGAGCUACCAACCGUCUGCCCGGGGGUCAGCAGACAUUGUCACGCAGACAGCGCAGCCUACACACAAAGGGAGGAAGGUCAGCUCCCUCCCUCACUCGUCUACGUAUCGUGGAGACAAACCAAGAGAUCACAGCACAAAGCUGCGCAACACCAGAGAGCUGCAGUUACACAGUGUCACUCCAUGGAAGCAGAAAUUCCUCCACCUCACAAAUCACUUUGCACAUGACGUCCAUGAACAGCGUGUGGGUACGACAAUGUGGAGCCACCAAGGGACGUUUAUGCCCCAACCACACAGAGACAGAGCUCUAUGGUGGACAGAGGAUGUCAACAAAGGGGACUCAACACCUGUGGUCAGUGCCCGUGAUGUCUUUCCAGGACGUCACCUAUCACUUCCGUGUCUCCCUCUCUAGUGAAGUGAGUUGUGCCACUGAAGGAGAAACCUCAUCAUACUCUGACUACCAUUUUCUCAUUCAAAGCAGCUGUGUGUGAGGAGGAAGACGAUGUGCCUUUACAAUACACCACAUUUUUCCUGUG